GCCACAGUCAGCCGCGGAGACUGUAGUGGAGGAAGGAAGGCGCGCGGCCUGGAGGAAGAGAAGGAUGGAGGAGCAGCAGAAGGACCGUGAGGCCGAGGUCGCCGAGCCCUGGCUUUCUAAGUGGGAGCGCCAGUGCCUUGCUGAGGCGGAGCAGGAAGAGCAGCUGUCCCCUGAGCUGCAGGAGGAGGCGGCUGCUGAUGCGGCUGGGCUCAAGAUCGAGCGGCAGAGGCUCUGGCACCUCUUCCAGAUCUCAGCCACUGCGGUGGCCCAGCUCUACAAAGAUUCCGGGUGCCAACAGCCAGGACUGUCUAUGUGGGACCCCUUCCAGAAUGCUGCCAUGGCCGUGACCAGCCUCUACAAAGAGAGCGGGGAUGCCUACCAGCGAAGUUUUGAGCUGGGCGUCCAGGUUGGCUACCAGCGUCGCGUUAGAGAUGUGCUGGAGUGGGUGAAGAAGGGUAGGAGCAUCAUUCGCAGGGAAGACCUCAUUAGCUUCCUCUGUGGCAAAGUCCCCCCCGCCCCUCCCCCGCCACGCACCUCCAGGAUGUCCCCUAGGCCGCCCGCAGCUGCUUCCAGUCAGGCUGCUGCCACUGAGUCCACCGCACCUGUGGACGUCGACCUGCAGCCCUUCCACGAGGCCAUCGCUCUCCAUGGCCUCAAUGGCGCCAUGGCAAGCAUCAGCAUGCGAUCUGGCACUCCUGGUUCCCCAUCUCAAGAUGGAGGUAUUGCCAGCAGUGGGCGUCGGAAAAGUGGCUUUCUGGAAGAUGAUCCGAACCCCUUGGGCUCAGAAGAACUGGCUCUCCGCCUGGACAGUGGGGGAAUCCGCAAGCGUACCUCGGCCCAGUUUGGUGAUGCCACCAUAGACUCUCCAUCCCACAAGCGCAACCGAAUGGUCUAAGCUACCCCCUUGGUUGACCACCAUCCACCACCGUAUUGCUUGACAGUCAACUUGACCAUCAACGUGCUUGUUGAAACCAUCCUAGAGACUGCUGAUCUUCCUUCUCUUAAGUUAAAGAUUUAUAUCAUUUACCAUAAAGAAAUGUAAAAGUAUUCCAGAAAAGGCCUCCUAUGACUCUGACUUUCCCCAAAAUAUAAUUCUAUUACAGAACAUCAGCUAUCGCAUAGUUAGCAAAAUCAUUUAAACUUUAAAGCAAACCGUAUCCAGUGAGGGCGGGAGCCUGAUUUAUAUUAUUCAAGUUGUAUUUCUUAGCACCUAGUACAGUUACUGGUGCUCAGUAAAUGUUUGUUGAAUGAAUAAAUGUGACCUUACCUUAAAUUCUUAUAGGGGAAAUACAUAGAUGUAUAUUUGUUUGUGGAAUAGUUUAUUUGAUUGUGGAAUAAUUUUAUCCUUUCGUGUUUAGGUUGUUUGCUUUGAUAGUCAUUGCUAAUUCAUUUACAUUGUAACUUUGUACCAAAAUGUUUGUUUGUUUGGUUUGGUUUUUCGAGACAGGCUUUUUGACUGUCCUAGAACUAUCGCUGUAAAUCAGGAUGGCCUUGAACUCACAGAAAUCUGCCUGCUUCUGCCACCAAAGUGCUGGGACUGAAGGUGUGCAACACUACCGCCUGGAUCAUUGUACCAAAAUGAGUCUGGACAGCUGGGAAAUUAACAAGUGGCCUCUCUUACAAUAAGGCGUUCCCCAAAACUACCUGUUUUCAGGAGGUCUGUAAGUAUGAGACAUGAAGUCUGAAUGUGGCCCUGAUUCUUAGGUAUGUGAAUGAUUCAAGGAACUCAUUUGAAGUUGAUCAUUGGAGAAUUUUUUUGUGUGGGUCUAAAGAGAACCUACCUAUUUAUAGAAAACAUCUUUCUCAUCAUCUUGCGUAUUUUGUACAUUUUCUUUCUUAGGUUCAAGUGAAAAUUAAAUGUGUGAACCAUGUGUGGUGGCACACACCUUUAAUCCUAGCACUCAGGAGGUAAAGGCAGGUGGAUCUCUCUGAGUGUAAGUUUGGGACCAGCUGAUCUACACUCCAGGCUACCUAGGAGUACAUGGUGCACGUGUUAAAGAAAGUGCUUUCAGAGGUCAGGGGCAGUGAAUCCCCUUGGAGCUGGAGUUACAGGCUGUAUUUAUUGCAUGAAACCCAACCCACUUUUUUUGAGACAAUGUUUCUAACUGAACUCAAAGCUCACCAAUUCUACUAGACUGACUGGCCAGAGAGCCAGGAACCCUUCUGCUUCUGCCUCACCAGCUGAAACUACAUCUGCAUAUCACUGUCUCCAGUAAGGCCAAUUUUUAUCACACCAAUUUCAGAUGACAGCUGUGCCUUCUGCAUGGAACCCAACAUCUUCCUGGAUGACAACACUAAGCACUGUAGUUCUAAGGAUGGAACCAAGGGCCUUGGGCAUGGGAGGUAAGAGCUGUACCACUGAGUGACAUCCCCAGGCCUUUGACUCUCAUAGAUUCGUUCUCUGAUAAUAUUACAGGUAAAGAAACUUAGGUCCAGAAAAAAAUUUGGUAGUUGUGCCUAAUUUAGAUGGAAACAAUCCCAAGACUCCUAGUGGAUAUCCGAGACUAGAGGCAGCACUCAGCUCUUUAUAUCACUCUCUGUACGUAUCACUCCUAUAUGUAAUAACUAGGAUAAUUUACCUUUUACUUUUAUCAGUUUUAUAUUACCAUUGCCAUUGUCAUUCUGAUACCUGUGAUGGUUACUUAGUGACUUAAUGGCUAUCAUAUAUAGUGAGGAUACUAAGAAAGUAGGAUUGAUUUAUGUCAGGAAAGUAUACAACCUAAAAGAUAAAUUGUUGUGGAUUUUCCACUUAAUAUUUUCUGACAAAGGUUAACUAUUGAGGUUGAGACCAUAGAUAAGGGAUGACUAUUAUACUGCUUUGCUAUGGCCAUUUGACCAGAAAAUGGUAGAACUGGGUUAACCCAGUUCUGUCAUUUCUUGGUCUGUUUCUUUAUCUUGCCUUUGCCUUUUCUGCUUUUUCCAAGUCUAUCAAGUGCUGAGAAACAAAGAUACUUAGUCUAGUUCUUUUUUUUUUAUUGCACUAUACAUUUUUUUUCUCCACUCUCCUCCCUUCCUCCCCUCUCCCAUUCUAUCUCUCCUGUGACCCACACACUUCCAAUUUACUCAGGGGAUCUUGUCUUUUUCUCCUUCUUAUUCAUAGACAUCCAUGUAUGUCUC